AUGGCUGCUCUGGUUCUCUAUCUUCUUAGCCUUCUCAUGGCUGGUCAUUCGAGUGCCUCAUGGUGUGUGUGCAAGACAGGACUGAGUGACUCGGUGCUACAAAGGACACUAGACUAUGCUUGUGGAAAUGGAGCUGACUGUAACCCAACUCAUCCGAAAGGGCAAUGCUUCAACCCGGACAAUGUUAGGGCUCAUUGUAGCUAUGCUGUUAAUAGCUUCUUUCAAAAGAAAGGUCAAGUUUCUGAGUCUUGUAAUUUCACUGGUACCGCCACUCUUACCACCACAGAUCCCAGCUAUUCAGGAUGUGCAUUCCCUUCCAGUGCUAGUGGUUCUGGAGCUAGCAGCAGUACUGUGAAACCAGGCAAAAGCAGUCCAAAAGGCAACACCAUCUCCACAUUCCCCGGCGGGAGCAGUCCAUACACAGGCACACCAACCACCGGUUUAUUAGGAGGCAACAUCACUGAUGCUACGGGAACUGGGUUUAACCCGGACUACUCAACCGAAAGCAGCGGUUUCGCUCUCCGUGACUCCAACACCAUUUUCUUCAGCUUGUGUUCUGUCUUGAUGAUGCUCUUCUGA